UGGGGAAAGAGCCGCGCCAGAGGGAGUGUGGCCGCGGGUUUCGCACUGCCCAAUGAGGGAGGGCGGCGUGGCCCGGCCUGGUAGCGACGAGGACGCGCCUGCGCAGAGGCAGCACCACCAGCGGGGUUGACUCCGGGGGCGCGGUGAGGAGCCCCCUUCUCACUGGACUGAGACAUGAGGCUGAGCUGGGUCCAGGUCCUGACAGUACUGUCCAUCUGCCUGAGCGCCGUGGCCACGGCCACAGGGGCCGAGGGCAAAAGGAAGCUACAGAUCGGGGUCAAGAAACGGGUGGACCACUGUCCCAUCAAAUCUCGUAAAGGGGAUGUCCUCCACAUGCACUAUACGGGAAAGCUGGAAGAUGGGACGGAGUUUGACAGCAGCCUGCCCCAGAACCAGCCCUUUGUCUUCUCCCUUGGCACAGGCCAGGUCAUCAAGGGCUGGGACCAGGGGCUGCUGGGGGUAUGGAGAUCGGGGAGCUCCCCCAAAGAUUCCAGGUGGUGCAACCCUGGUGUUCGAGGUGGAGCUGCUCAAAAUCGAGCGACGAUCAGAGCUGUAGCCAGACUGGGAAACUGGGGAGGGGCGGGGGGAGAGGCCCCCAUCCAGGGACCAGAUUAUUCUAAAAAAACAAAACAAAAAACAAAAACCUUAGAGGCCCAUGGAGUGACUGUGUGUGUUUGUGGGCGCUGAGAGACUCAGAGACCUCAGCUCCAGCGUCCCCUACCUUCUCCUUUCCUGACUGCAUAGCCUUGGGGGUCUAGGCUCAAUGGCAUGGUGGCCCUCGCCCAGAGAAACAGGAGUGUUCCUGCCUGCCAGCAGCAAUACUGCUCACUGCCCCCCCCCACAGCUCCCUAGCCACUUCCUGCUCCUGGUCUGGGAGCCAGCACUGGGCU